CUUAACGCUUCACCAAAUUUAAGCUCAACUAAAAAGAGUGAACAUGGCAUACAGCGCAUGCUCCCUUAUCGUUAAGAUCAUAAUAGUUAACGUCACAGACACAACCAAACUUGGUGAGAAGAAGCCUUCUACGCCUUCAUACACUGUAAAAAUGGUUAAAAUCGGAUAAUAACCACGUCCAGUUCCUUUACAACGACACAUUUCAAGGAAACGUAAACUGACAUUUUCGUCAAAAAAGAAAAAAAAAUUGUUAAAUAGUCUCAGAGAAAUAAUUUGCUACUAACAUUUAUCUCCUUCUUUGUUACACACCAUAUCCUUGUAAUCAAGUGAUCAGGUCAGCUACAAAAUCAUUUCGGCAUCGCACAAUUCUAUGGUCUUUCCCUAGCUGAAGAAUCGCAAGAUCAGAUCACAAAUAACAGUAUUCGUAUAUUUUUAAGAGGUAUUUAUUCGGAACUCCUUCAAUAAAAUGGUAAGACAACGGCCACGGAAAUCUGUCGAAGAGCUGUAUGCGUCAAAAUUUGAAACAAACACAAUUAAAUCUCAAGCAAACAAUAACAUGCCAAAGAACUUACGCGAUCGCGGAGAGUACGGAGGAUACAUUAUCACUUCCAAUACUCCUUACAAUACCAGCUGUCAAGCAACAUCUGGCAACUCGGCAACCGUCAAUAGUAACGGCAAUACAAUGGGAGUUAGCAGUAUGACGACAGGUCGUCGCAAAAGUGCACGUCCGGUAACUAAUAGCGUCAAACAAGACAAAUAUUUUGGUAAGGACGAGAAGGUACUGAAUCUCGAUGAUGGUAAAAAAGAGCAUAGUAGCAGUAACAAAGCUAAGACUGCCCGCACAGAAAAAAGCAACUAUGGUCACCCAUCGGCGAUAUACAAUGCGCCUAAUAUAUACGAUAACAAGAACUAUACAAGCUUUGCGGAUAGUACCGCGCAAAAAGAUCUACGCGUUCAGGAGCAUUCUAAUCACCAUCGUCACCAUCACGCCAACCAUGACGAUGAUAAGGAUGAUGAUACCGAAGAGUUUUUUGAACUCAUUCGUCAAACUGUUGAAAACGCUAUUGGAAAAUCCAUCUCUGAUUUACUCAACCGUAAUUUUCGUGAAUUAUCAGCAAAAGUCGAUCGAUUUUCUGCUGAACUUAAAUCCACAAACUCAAUGUUAAAUAAACUUCAGGCUGAUUUGAAUAACAAGGUUGUGCACUACGGGGAGGAGAACUCACGCCAUUUCCGCUAUCUCUGCAUGAAAUCAGAGUAUGACAAAAUGUUUUACCAACACCAUACGAUGUUGGCAUCUACUUCAAACACCCAAUCAACUGCUGCACCAACUCCGCCAUCAAAUCAUACCGAGAAGCGAGGUAGCGGAUCGAAGCAAAGUACAUCGGUCAAUGAAUGUGAAAAGGCACAAAACUCAUGUUCAUGUCGCAGCACAAUUAAAACACCUCCUUCGGAACCACACAAAACCUCUUCAGAGGAGCGUAGCAUGAGCCAAAAGUCAUCUGAGAUGGGUAUGCGUGAAGUUUUGGAGCACAUUCAACGCUUUUGUACCCAAAUACAAAUGAGUGAACUAAAAUGUGACGAUCAACCGUUGCCCAAAAGUAACAGUUAUCGCUUAGAAGACGCUAUGAAAAUUAGCAAGCCCGUUUUCGAAGAGGAUGAUGAUGAUUUCCAAAUGAGCUCCGAUGGCAUGACACCUCGCAGCGACGAACACUUGCACCACAAUAAAUAUGGUGGAACAACGAUGCGUAGUUGCAGCACAACGCGCGGAGGAAACGGAGGUGGAGAUGCCUAAGAUUAGAAUAAUGGGUAUUUAUCUGCUGUUCGUUAAUAUGUAAUAAAAAGUACAGCGGAGGAAGAAGGAAAUCAUAAUGAAAACAAACAAUUAAUAUAUGUACAUAAAAUUGUAUGUGAAUAAUGUACUAUACAUAUUAAUACGCUAUGGCAUGUGUGAUCGUUAAAAAUCCCUAAAUAAUGGAAUUUCAAAUGUAAUUCUAACUCUAAAUUAUGCUCGUUCCCGAUUAUUUAUUUCUCAAAGAAUUUAAAAUUUGUAUCAUACAUAUGUAUAUAAAUGUAUGUAUUAUAUAUAUAUUUUAUAUUAUAAUCUUGAUACCUCCCGUUCUACUUGGAAUAAACAAAAAUUGUAGUAUUAUUUUGACUAAGCAGUUCUGAACUUUGUCAUAACCAUAAUUAUCACUGGCGAUAGUGAAGGAUUAAUAUGCAUCAAAACUUUGUUGAAAGAUUUUAUUAUUAAAGCGGAAAACAAAAUUUAAUUUAUAACUGUGAUGAGAUGAUUCCCAAAUUGUCACAAAUUUGAGAGCAGAUUGAAGGGUUUUAAAUUUGUUCUUAACACUGGCUGUUCUGUGCAACACAUGUAUCACCGCACAAGUAUGAGUCAACUGAGUUAUAGAUACACGUACAUAUAUAGUAAGUAAGCGAAUUUCGCUCUUAAUUCCAGGUAUUAAUUUUAAUUAAUUAAUCAAUUAAUUUUGUAAAUUGGUGGUCUUUACAAGGUUGGAACAGCAAACGUGUGAUUAUAAUUAUGUAAUAUAUUGUAAUAUUGUUUAUUUAAGUAGAAUUUAGUUUAAUUUGUGUCAGUCUGCUUUAUGUAUGUGUCUUUCAACUCUUUGAAUUAAAUCUUGCGGUUGCAGUUAUGUGAAAUAAGGGAGUAAGGUGCUCUCAAAACUAGCUAAUUACUUAACUACUUUAAAACCAUUUGCCAGGUCUAAUAUCGAAACGCGCUUCACAUUUAAGAGCAGUUGGAUCAACCGUUUAAGCUUAAUCAAUGUCAAUAAAUGUCCUUUAACAGAAAAACACAUACACAUUAUAUUCUGAUUUGCAAUCGUAUUUAAGAAAAAGCUUUCUGUUAAUGUUAAAAAUGAAGUUGGGAAAUUUAUAAAA